AUGCACAGUGCGCAAUUCCCCACGCUACUGCACUCCGCGCCCUGCGCGAGGCGCCACUCCCCCUGCUGUGCUGAAUUCGCGCAAAACUUCCGACAAACCCGAAUUCAUGUCCACAGAUUCACUCCACCCACCCAAAAGCAUUCGAUGGCGCUACUAGAAGAAUCAGCGAAGUUCCGGGACAGAGCAACCGUUACCACCGCGGCUGACCGUGCAGAUAGUGGACACGUGGCAGCUGACAUGACAGCUGACGCGUCAGCUGACGUGGCGAGAAGGAAUGCACAACACGAAAGGGCUUGUAGCGGAGUUCCCCCGAUCGCAUCCGCCAAUUCUUCCGCCGCUGCCGGAGCGGUUUCCGCGACUGGUGCUUCCUCCAGUAGUGCUUCCGCCAGUAACGCUUCCACCGUUAAUGCUUCCGCCAGCACCCCUGUGACUACCCCCGAAUUGGUCCCGCGCUCCUCCCGCCCAUCCACCCCCCGCUCCCCCCGCCCCUCCAACAUCCCCUUCGAUACCCCUCAAAAACCCCCUCGCCCGAUCAGUCUAUCCAUAAGCACGACUUUUUCAGGGGAAAACACCCCAGCGGGGCCGUCGCCCCGCGCUGCUGCAGCCGCGGCUGUAGCGGCCGCUGCUGCUGAGCUGCUUUGGGAAACGCCGCCGAAGCAGACUGCCGGGACAGGUUCGGGAACAGGUUCGGGGACAGGCUCGGCAGCCGCAUUGCAACGGCAAGGCUCGGGAAAGGGCUGGGGAGUGAAUUCGCCAUCAGGAAGGGGAGCCGAUGGGAUCAGCGUCAGCGGUGGUUCAGGGCUGCAGCGGCAGCCGUCAGGCUCGGCAUCAGGCUCGGACACUCCGAAGCUGAAGCAGUGGGCCGCGGCCCAUCCCCCUGCACACGGGUUGGAUAAAUCUGCUCUGGUGGUGGACGGCUCAGCCUUGUCGUAUCUGUGGAAGGAGGUGGUGGGGAGGGACGGCGCGGCAAGAGAGGGCGGCAAGGGCGCAGACGUGAGGAGGGAGAAGGUGUACAACACCAUGUUCAACGUGCCGUGGCGCUGUGAACUGGUGAGAGAUCCAGAGCGGUGGAAAGUGGUGAGACGGUUGACUUCCAUGAGGAGAGAGAAGGUGUAUAACACCACGUUCAAUGUGCCGUGGCGGUGUGAAUCGUCCGAUUCUUCCACACUCCCACAGUCCGAUUCUUCCCUGCUUCCCUUCUUCCUCCCUCCCCCAUCUCAGCUCAUCAUAAUGGGCUAUCUCGUGUGUCUCGACUCCUUCCUCUCGCUUCUCGCCAUUCUCCCCAUCCGCCUCUUCCUGCUCCUGCUCCGCUUGCUCCUAGCGCCCUGGAGGGGCCGCCUGCAACUGUGUGUGGACGACAUUGCUGACGUCGGCAAGGGCGUCAUCAUCGUGUGUGGUGUGCUGGCGCUGCAGCAGGCUGACGUCAGCCUCAUCUACCACUGGAUCCGUGGGCAGAACAUUCUCAAGCUCGUGGUCAUUUAUAACGUGCUCGAGGUCAUGGACAAGCUGUGCCAGAGCCUGGGGUCCCUGCGGUUCAUAAUCGAUGAAGCGAUAGCAGUGGCAUGCUUCCUGCUGCACGCGCUCGUGCUGCUGACUCAGGCCGUCACGCUCAACGUGGCCAUCAACUCGCACAACCACAUACUCGUCACUCUGCUUGUGUCGAACAAUUUCGCGGAGGUCAAGUCCAACGUGUUCAAGCGCUUCAGCCGGGAGAACAUUCACAAGCUCGCCUGCUUGGACACAGUGGAACGGUUUCAUCUCUCGUGUCAUCUCCUCUUCGUGGUGGUUCAGAACGUGGUCAAGGGGCAAGGCACCUCGCUCUCCUUCUUUAUCCGGAACGUGUGCACGGUGUGGGGCUGUGAGGUGCUCGUGGACAAUCUCAAGCACUCCUUUCUCGCUAAGUUCAACGAGAUCAAGCCCGAAACCUACUCUGACUUCCUGCUCUCGCUCUGCAGACAGGUUUUGGAGGAUCGCUGCCACCAUGUGCAUCGCACCAUGAGCUUCGUUCCUCUCGGGCCGGCAUGCAAUGUUAUUCGGGUUGCAACUCCGUUGAUUGCAUCGUUUAUUCCCGUUGGCCGCCCGUUGUUGUCUCGUUGCAUUACACCAUUAGUUGUUAUAAGUACUGUUCUGGUUCUCGCACUGGUAAAAGCUCACCUAGCCUUAUGCCUGCAGCUGUAUUCGCGAUGGUACAUCCUGCGCCACCAGAAAACAGAAGCAAAGCUUCACAAGGACUGA